CCUCUCUCUCUUUAGCUGAGACCUGCUGCAUCUCUUGCUCUGAUGGAGCUGGUCAGUGAAAUGUUUAAGCUGCUGCUCCUGCUGACCACUUUGGUUUGUUUGGACUUUGGUGUCAGGUCAGCAGAUCCACCUGGUCCUGACUCCCCUCAGCUCUAUGCUUCUGAUCCUCACUAUGGACUGAAGGAGCCACUUGACAGGCCCAACGCUCUGGUCAGAACCGUCUUCGUGACAUGCUAUCCCACUCACAUGGAGGUCCGGGUGAAGGCAGACUUGUUUGGGAUGGGGAUGACCGUGGACCCUGCAGACCUGUGUCUGGGAGCUAAUGACCAGUGCUGCAGGGUGACCUCAGCUUCUGAUGACGAGUACAUCAUCCCGGCAGUCCUGAUGGACUGUGGCACUCAGCAGUGGGUGACGGAAGAAGCCCUUAUUUACACAAAUCUGCUCAUCUACUCUCCAGCGCCCUCUCUGGAUGGACUGGUUAGAAUGGAGGGUGCAGUCAUUCCUGUUGAAUGUCAUUAUAAAAGGAAAGUUGUUAUUAACAGUGAACCAGUUCUGCCCACCUGGAUCCCCCACCAAACCACUGUGGCCACACUGGAAAAACUGCACUUCACACUCAGACUAAUGACCAGUGAUUGGCUGCAGGAGCGAGGCUCUGGCAUUUACUUCCUGGGGGACAAGUUCAAUAUUGAGGAGGAUAUUUAUUCACCCCAGAUGGAUUUGCGUGUGUUUAUUGACAGUUGUGUUGCCACGACAACUCCUGAUUCAAACUCUGCCCCCAGAUAUGCCUUUAUUGAUGAAGGGUGUUUGGUGGAUGGUCCGCUGACCGGCUCAAAGUCUUACUUCCGGCCCAGAGUGCGUCCAGGCAAACUGCAGCUCCAGUUGGACGCUUUCAAGUUCCAUGAGGUGGAGAGCACUCAGAUCUACAUCACCUGCACUCUAAAAGCUUAUCCUCUUAAUUAUGUGAGUGAGUCCAUGAGCAAGGCGUGCUCACUCAUAGAUGGCAGAUGGAGAUCAGCAGACGGAGACGAUUGGACCUGCGGGAGCUGUAAGGACAGGUUCCAGUCGGAUCACUCUGAUCAGCUCAGGUGGGAACAGGCGGUGCCGUUCUCCUCCAGAGCUCUACUGGAGUCUGGCUGGAGGAGCAUUGGGGAUUCUCCAAGGAUGGCGAGUGGCUCUGAGGUACUGGAGCAGAGGGUGAGUCUAGGCCCACUGUCUGUGGUCGCCUCAAGGAAUAAACUGGGCAUGAUGGUGCCCGCUAGUGUGAACAGUGUUCCUCACUUCCCUUCAGUCAGCAAAAAGAGACCCAUACCCCACCACAGCCUGUGGGAGAACGGAGAACCUGACAAGAAAGAUCUGGAGAACGAGGUGACGACGGACACAGAGGAGCUCGAGUUAACAGGUCUGUGGGAAGAGGGGCAGUCAGCAGCAGAAGACUCUGAGGCUGAUGGAGCUCCUGUUUCUGAACCCACAGAAACCCCAACACCUUUCACCACCACAUCUGAGCCCUUCACAGAAGAUGAUGAGUCUCUUCUCCUGCCAACUGUGAGCUCACCUGAGAGGGACACGACUACUGUCAAGUCUCUGGACGUCAGCCCUGCAGCAGAUGAGCUAGAUACUGACUCCAACUCUCCGGUCUAUCCUUACAGUAGCACAUCGUUACACGGCAUGUUGUUGGAAAGUAAAGCUGACACAGUGGCCUCCGCUGCCUCUGAGGGCCAUCCUGAAGGUUUACAGAAGAGAUCGGUCUGAUGUGGUGUGGACGGUCAGUUUGAGAAAUAAACAUUCCAAACUGUA